AAAAUAAAGUAAAAUAAAAUGAGCUGAAGAAGGAAAUGGCAAAUCAUUCUACUAUCUCUAUCAAAAAUAACCCAGAUAGGGUCAUGAAGAGUUAGACAUGACUGAAACAACUGAACAACAGCAACAAAAAUAGGAAAAGGACUUAAAUGAUUAUACAGUUCAUCUUUCUCCUUUUCAGAUGAGGACACUGAGGUUCAAUAACUUGCUCAGAGAUAUACAAUUAACAGGCAUUAAAUAGGCACCUAUACAUAUACAGUCAUUAUACAGAAAGAAAUGAAGCCAUUACCGCCCCCCCCCCCCCUUAACUGCCAAGGUUGAGAAAAGAGGCAACAUGUAUGUGUAUAAAUACAAAGAAAAGUAAUACAAGGUAACUAGAUGAGAAGAGCCUGCCAUAUCUGGGAUGGGGAAGUCUGAAAAGAUCUGACAUACAAGGCAGCUUUUGAGCCAAGUUUUGAAGGAAGCUCGGAAUCCUAAGAGAGAAAUGAAAAAAUAUGUUCCUGAGAUUGAGGGCCACCAAAAUAAAGCAGGGAGAUGGGGGAAUGUAAAGAAUGGUAGGACUGCAGAAUGUGAGGAGGGGAAUGGGAGUAAUGUAGACACACUAGGAGUUGAUGGAAAUCAGGUCAUAAAAGACUUUUAAAACUAAAGGGAAGGGUUGAUAUUUGAUCACAAAAGCAGUAGGGAGCCAUUUAAUCUUGUUUAUUUAUUUAUUUGCUUACACUCUCAUCUACCUGUUUGUCUAUCUAUCUGUCUAUUUUUAUUGUGAGGCAGUUGGGAUUAAAUGACUUGCCCAAAGUCAUAUAGCUAGUGAAUGUUAAGUGUUUGAGGUUGAAUUUGAACUCAGGUCCUCCUGACUCUAGGACUGGUGCUCUAUCCACUAUACCAUAUAGCCGUCCCUCCAUUAUUGAAUAGAGGAAUGAAACAGUCACAUCUGAAGUUUAGAAAAAUCACAUUUUUAUUUGUGUGAGUAGAGUACUGAGUAGAAAUUGAAGGGAGGAAAGAGACUGUUGAUUUGUUGUUAGUGAAGUUCUGAACCAGUAACUGGUGACUAGGUGGGUAAAGAGAGGGGGACAUGAGAGAGAGAUUGUGAAGAAAGGACAAUAUUUGGCAGUGAUUGUUUAUGUGGAACAAAAAUGGCAGCAAAGUUGAAGUCUGGGUGAUUAGAGUAUUGAACGUGAUCUAGUCUGGAUUUGAACCCAGAUUUGUAUGCUUUACAAUGCUGCUGCUUAGUUGAUGAAAUCUCAUCCUUCUGUGCCUCUGCAACUCAAACUCAUAAGGGUUUAGUGGGCAAGUUUGUGAAUUCUAUGUAAAUAUUAGAUUAAAACUCCAUGUCAGCAUCUCUGGAGUGCUUUGUCUUUCUUUAAAGGGUGAGCCUCUUUUGUGACUGAAACCAACUUCCAUUUUUGCCUUUCCAUUUGUAAUGUGAAUAUUUAAAACUUUUGAAACUGAAGAAAGGAAAAUCCAGAUAGAUUUAGGUUUGUGAUGAAUGCCUAAAAAUGAAACUUGUUCCCUUCAAAAUGGUACUUUCUAGGAGUUUGUUCCCAAAAUUAAGAUACUUACUUUCAAAUCUAAAUUCAUCAUCCAUUCUGCAUUUUGUUUCUAUAGUUUAUUGUAACUAGCUCUGAUAUUUCUUUUAAACUGAGGAAUAGAACAAAAUAUCCGAUUAUUUCAUAAGUCUGUAACAAAAAGAGAAAUCACAUUGUCUCUGAUAUUUAGAUGUAAGUUAUUUUUUGAUAAACAUAGGAAUGAAAAUUUUUUGUAGAAUGUCAACUGUCAGAAGAUCCAUGUAUUCUUCUGUAAUUUUAUCAUCAGUCUCAAUGACUGCAAUAAGACUUCUUUUCCCCAUUUCUAAAAAUUUUAAAUUAAGACAUUAAAGAAAUGUCUUUUCCCCAUUCUUAAUACACUUCCAAAAAUGAGUUAUUAGACUUAUAAAAAUUAUUCAAAAUGGCAUGUAGUUGCUUUAAAGCCGAAGUGAAACUAGAUGUUUUAAAAGCUGGUUAAAGCCUUUCUGGUGGGUCAUAAUAAUUCUUUGCAGUUUUAGACACAACAGUUUUCAGAGCCCCUCUCCCCCUUCCCCCAUUAGCUUUUUCCUUUAUAUUUGACCUCAACCAUUUUACAGGCUAGACUUUGACACAGGAGAAUUAGCAUGCAACAUUAACUCUAUUGUAGUAUGACUUUAUUGCUGGGAUAAUUAAUUUAAAUUUCAAACUUUAGCAAUUGACUUUUUCAGAGCAGUGUGAAAAUGAUCAAUUUCUGUUAAUCAAAAUACAACCAUUUUGAGGAAAAGGAAAUAGUCACAUUAGUUUCGGCUUAUAAAGGUUUGGCACAUUUAAUAAUUAAUAAGUAUUUUCUGCCAAUAAGGAUUAAAUUUCUGCUGACUUUCUUUAGUCUGGGUCUCAUGGUAUCUGGGCUAAUUUAUCUAUGAGGUUUAAAGGUGCAUGCACAGAUAUUCUCAUGUUCUGUUAAUCCCUGGGCAGAAUCUUUUCAGAGUACUAGAAGGAAAGUAUCCCUGAAAGUUCCAAAAUGCUUUUAACAUCUUAUAAACAUCGGUCAGUUCCAUUGUCUUCAUUUGUCAUUCUUGAUCGCAGCUUGCCAUGUAAGGCUGGAAGCCUGUAUGUGCCUGGCAACUGUUACCUAGUGACAGUUUCAGCUGCAGUAGCCAUUGGCUGGGCUGUUGAUUGGGGCAGAAGGAUCGAGUCACCUUUCUGAUGGGGAGUUCUGCAUCAGCUCAGGGUGAUGAGGAGGUGCAGGGGCUCAGGUGCAAGCAGUAAGCCAGAGAGCGCAACUGUGAAGUGAGGAAUCGCUACAGCCUCCUUGUAACUGCAUCACAGUCGGACUCCUAAAUCAGGCUGCACAGCAUAGCCGCUGAUUAGGGGAGAAGCGUUGCCUUAUUCUUGUAACAAGAGAACCCUAAAGUGAUUCCUUUGAAUUAGAAGAAAUUGGCUACUAACAGAGGGAAAUGCUUGGUGAGGACCGUCCUGUGGAUGUUAUAAAAGAAUAAGGAAUAAGGACUUCCCUCUAUGGCUUGGUGAUGUAUCGGAGAAAAGAACUUUAAAAAGAAUGCUUUCUAUUAAAGUGCUGCAUCAGAACAAGAGGAAAUUUUUCCUUCAGAAAAAUUCCUUCAAAGGCAGUGACAAGUAACAAAAGGACCUCUGAAACACUAGCACUUUUUAAAGGAUUUUCAGCACAUUAUCCGAAUGACCUUGGAGACCUUUCUAUUGGGAUUGCUUCGUUCAGCCCUGCCGGAUUUUCAGCAUUUCAGACUCUAGGAUUUAAAUUUGCCUCGAUGUUUUGGGGACAUUUUAAAACAAGACUAUCUAGUAACCUAUCUCAUGGCCCCUGCACUAAUUGAGCAUUUCCUCAAAAUAGAGCACAGAAAGAAAAGAAGCAUUUUCUUAACAUAUGGCUGUUCUGUAACUGCAAAUGUAAUAAACGAGGUAAUUUUCCAAUACUGGGAAAGCUAGUUGCUGAAGUAAUUAUUUAAUAUGCUGAUCAUCUAGUGAAGAUAGACAAGGUAGAACAGCCUAGAAGAUGAAGAUCUGACUGAAAAUAACUGGGUAGUAAACAGUGGCAACAUUUCUAGUCAAAUCAGCAUUUCAUUAGCAUCAGAGUAGAAUGCAGAUUGAAGUUUCUGUUAUGGUUUGGAGCUUUUGAAAUGAUUCCUGAAGUUUUGUAAAGCUUAUUUUCCUCCCCACAGCUGAGGUGUGUCAGUGCUGUACUGAUGCUGAUGAAGAGACUUGAGCAGUUCUGGGAAGCUUAUCUGUGACAGAAGCGAUUGGCAGUGUCAGCAGAGACAGAGCCUGAGCCCCCAAAGUGCCGAGGUUAGCAGAUGUUGGGCAGGUCACCAUUGGACUGCUGUCAUCCUGGCUCCAGGGCUUCCUAAUCCCAAACCAUGAAUGGGUCCAGGUUGACCGAACCAGGGACUCACAAUAUGAGCUUUGGGAAUGUUUCUGAGCAUCAUUCCUGCCCACUCGGAUUUGGCCAUUACAAUGCAGAGGACGUGUGCAUCUUGGAGACAGUUGUUAUUGUCCUGCUGACCUUUUUAAUCAUUGCUGGGAAUUUAACGGUCAUUUUUGUCUUUCACUGUGCUCCCCUUUUGCAUCACUAUACUACCAGCUAUUUCAUACAGACCAUGGCCUAUGCCGAUCUCUUCGUGGGAGUGAGCUGCUUGGUUCCCACUCUCUCCUUGCUUCAUUAUUCCACAGGUGUCCACGAGUCACUGACUUGCCAAGUUUUCGGAUACAUCAUCUCUGUGCUGAAGAGUGUUUCCAUGGCAUGUCUUGCUUGCAUCAGUGUGGAUCGCUACCUUGCCAUCACCAAACCUCUCUCUUACAAUCAGCUGGUCACUCCUUGCCGCUUGAGAAUCUGCAUUAUUCUGAUCUGGAUCUACUCCUGCCUGAUUUUCUUGCCUUCUUUUUUUGGCUGGGGAAAACCUGGUUACCACGGUGACAUUUUUGAAUGGUGUGCCACCUCUUGGCUCACCAACGCCUACUUUACUGGCUUUAUUGUCUGUUUACUUUAUGCUCCUGCUGCCUUUGUCAUCUGCUUCACUUACUUCCACAUUUUCAAAAUCUGUCGGCAGCAUACCAAAGAGAUCAACGACCGGAGGGCCCGAUUUCCCAGUCACGAAGUCGAUGCUGCUGGAGAGACUGGACAUAGUCCUGACAAGCGCUAUGCCAUGGUCUUGUUCCGGAUAACCAGCGUGUUCUAUAUGCUCUGGCUCCCCUACAUCAUCUACUUCCUUCUGGAGAGCUCCCGAGUCCUGGAGAAUCCCGCUCUCUCCUUCUUAACAACCUGGCUUGCUAUAAGCAAUAGUUUCUGUAACUGUGUAAUAUAUAGCCUCUCCAAUAGUGUUUUUAGGUUGGGCCUCCGAAGAUUAUCACAGACAAUAUGCUCAUCCUGUAUGUGUUUAAAAGACCGGGAUCUUCAAGACCCCAAGCCCAGAAAACGGGCUAAUUCCUGCUCCAUAUAAAGAAAACUGCAGAGCUAAUCAAGAGUAGUAGCCUGAGAGUGAUUUGGAAUAGUGUUUGGUACAUCUGGGGAUUUUCCAUGACAGAAAUAUUUACUUGAAUAGUUCACUAUGAAAUGGCAUGUAAACUAAAAGUGAUUUUUUUUAAUAAUGGAAAAGAAACCUAGAAAGUGAACACACUUUUAUCACAUUUAUCAUGUGAAUAUGAUUCCUUUGAAUUUGUAUGGUGGUAAGAGAAAUUUAUCAGUGAAAAAUAAAAAACAAAAAAACAAACAAAAAAACAAAUUAGUAUCUCAAAUCUUCCACAGGGCAUAAAAUAACUUGGCACAUUAAAGCAGGAUCCUCCUGUGAAUCUUUCUCUCUCUUUUUAGGAAAUUAUUUCUUUUUCUUAUUUUUCCCCUGUAGAUAAAUGCUGCAUUUUAUAUAUGUAGCAUUUGAUAACUUUUUUCAUUAAAAUGUACUACAGUAGGCUACUAUCCAUGAACAAUCUUCACAAAGCCUACAGAGUAAAUGUAGCUUAAUAACUAACCACAAAAUACCCUUGCAUAUAUUUUUACAGUAUUCAUUGUUGCACAAAUGAUCAUCAAAAAACAAAUUUUAAAUAAUCAGGUUUUUUUUUUAAUGUAAAAGCUUUUUUUCUGUUUUUCAGAGUCUCCUAUUCUAUAGCCUCCUCUCAAUCUUCUUCCCAACCUUCCCAGUUUUCCUGCACUGAAUCUUUUGGUUCUUUAUUUCAGAAGUGUCUUAGUUAAUGAGAGAACUUAUUGUACAAGGUAAUUACAGUGUUAAUAACCUUUUCCCAAAAAAGCAGCCUAGCUGCUUGGUUAGAGGGAAGAAGGGACGAUAUUCAUUCAACAUAUUCCAAUAGCGUUUAGAAAUAUUUUUUUCCCUUCGAGUCCUAAUAAAUAAGUUCCUGUAUUUUUUUUUCCCCAAAUAACUAAGGCUUCCCUCCUCCUACUCUCUUUUCACUAACAAGGUUGUUCUAAUGCAGAUAUAAGAGAUGCACCUAGUAGUGAGAUAUCACUCAGUGCUAGUUCGAAAUUUUUUUUUUUUUGCUUUCAAGUAAAAUAUUAACCCUUUUAUGUUGGGUCUACUACAUAGCUUACUAUGGUAGUUGCAAGUCCUUUGUGUCAAUCCUGCUUGCAUAUAAUUGUAUUUUUCAAAACAAAAAGUGUAAAUUAUAUUAUGUGGUCUGUGCCUAAUAUUUUCAUAGCACAUUGAAUAGGUCAAUGCUGUUUUCAGUCUUCGGGAUUGAAGCAAAAUAUACAAAAAAAAACAAAAACUUGCUUUAAGAAAAAAGUACUUUUUGUGCCGUUGUUAAAUAGGUAUUUAUUAGACAAAGCUGUAUUCUUGGAAGAGAUGAGAAAACAGUUUACUUAAUUAUCAAAUACAGGUAAGAGCUUCAGUAUUUCCCUUUGUAAUAAUCUGCUUUCAGAUUCAGAGAUGAACUGAUUUUGUAAGUGCAUUCCAUGGGUUUGUGUAAUAAGUUACCAGGGGUUCAGAUGCAGCAUGUUUGGGGAGGGU